GUUAGCAAUUUAAGUUUCUCGUUCUUUCCCAGGCUACAGGAGCUGUUCCAGAAAAACCCUGACAGUUACAAUGGUGCUGUCCGUGAGAACUACAUCUGGUCACAAGACUACAUGGACCUGGAAGUCAAGGUGCCAGUGCCUAAGCACAUUGUGAAAGGGAAGCAGGUCUCAGUGGACCUUAGCAGUGACUCCAUCCGAGUGGCAGUGCUGGAGGAAAAUGGGGAGCACGUCCUCAUGGAGGGAAAGCUUACCCAUAAGAUCAACACCGAGGGUUCUCUCUGGAGUCUCGAGCCAGGGAAGUGUGUUUUGGUGAACCUGAACAAGUUGGGGGAGUACUGGUGGAGUGCCAUCCUGGAGGGUGAGGAGCACAUCGACAUCGACAAGAUUAACAAGGAACGCUCCAUGGCCACUGUGGAUGAAGAAGAGCAUGCUGUCCUAGACAGGCUGACCUUUGACUACCACCAGAAGCUGCAGGGCAAGCCACAGAGCCAUGAGCUGAAAGUCCAUGAGAUGCUGAAGAAGGGAUGGGAUGCUGAAGGCUCCCCCUUCCGAGGCCAGAGAUUCGACCCUGCUAUGUUCAACAUCUCCCCCGGGGCAGUUCAGUUUUAGUGGCCGGA